GUUUUGUGGAUUGCUUGUUUGCCGGCAAUGGGGGAUGAGACGUUUUGUAAAUUUCUUGUUACUUAUGAAACAUUUAAAAAGAUUGUGACUAAUAUCUGAUUGCACCUGCUCUGUUUCUGUUAGUGACAACCUCCAAUAAAAUAGCACGUCCAGAGUCAUGGCAACGGAUUUGAACGAAGCCAGGAAAAACUUGGACGAAGUUUUAAGCGAUGAUUUACGCAAGGAGUACUUCGCUUUGCUGCGAAAAUGGCUUUCUUUCACCUCUAACAUGGACAAUGACGAAUUCAACGAGGCCGUAAAGAAAAUAUUGGUUACCAAUGAACAAAUUCAAUGCCACAACAAAUACAUGUACUAUAUCUUGUACAAAGUCAAUUCAAGUAGGACCAAGGCAGCUUGUGCAGUGAAUGACAGACCUCCAAGCCUGUUCGAGCAAGCUGAACCCAAGACUGAACCGCAGUGUGAGUAUGUUUCAGUACCCAGUCCGACCACCACCUCGAUGCCGAGCAGUUCGAUGCCUGUGAAUGUCGAUUAUGAGAUCCGCAGUGCUGCUGCUGAACUUUUUGUGCCGGACAGUGGCUUCAUGACCAGUCGGAUUUCAGUGGCAGCUUGGAUGAACGGAAUGGAAGCUGCUGAUCCAGCGUGUACGGAUCUGUUGCUGCACGCAUGCCAGGUAUUCAUAAAAAAUAUAAUAACAGCUAUGAUUUCGAAGAAGAAAGGGUACAAGAUAAGGGAACGGAAGUUGCAAUAUGGCUUUAAUCAGCCAAUUCCAGAUCCAUUGUUGAGAAACUAUAAUUCCUUGGAAGAUUAUUCCCAGGAGAAUAAGGUGGAGGUGGAAGAAGACUGCGACUAUUUCAAACCAAUGUGCAAACUGUCACUGGAAAGAGCCGAACAACAGAUGGCGUUCGCGUACACUUGUGCCGGGGGGAAAACCAGUAGCGACAACCUACUUACUACAAAACUGUUUUACAGUACCCUUAGAGAUAAUCCUAAACUGUUAGGGUCGCACUCUAUACAAAGCGUCGCCUUGUUCAAAUUGGGGCUGCACAUUGACGAUGAAUAGUUUUUUAAUAUAAAGUAAUAACAAUAAAUGCUGAGUUAUAAUGUCUGGAAUCAUGUUUCUACAUCUACUAUCAUAAUCACUUGGUUAAUCAGACCUUCAUUCUUAUUCGCUUAUUCCAUUAUUUAUAGAAACAGUUUUUUACUAAACCUUCGGAAAAUUUUUCUGAGUUAUUUUAGGUAAAUACCAUAAGUGAGAUAAGUGCCCUUUUUUCGUUAUUUUUUAGCUCAAACUCGUCGCUUAAAUAUCAUAAGCUCAAAUCAUAUAAUUAAAAAUUUUGAAAUUAAAAUAAUUACAUCAUUUAACAAAGUCCAACAACUUACGUUAUAACUUUUGUACUUAACCCGUUAUUAACUAUAAUAAAUUUCAUUAGUAGUAGCGUUACUACUUGCUACCUUAGGGUCGUAUCGUCAGUCGUACAAUUGUAGGGCGCCUUUAUGACCUUGAUUUUCCUGCGUGUUGACGUCCAUUUAACCUUUUGUUGUCACCAUAACCUUGGUCUUCAAUUUGUAUUUGAAAAAAAAAAUAGGGAUUUCUAUUAAAAAUGAAUUUGACCUUGAAAUGGCUUUAAAGGUGAGGAUUAAGGUCAAAUCCAAGAUCAACGAUCACUCGCUCAUUAAAAUUUCCUGAUCUUGAUAGUUGUUCUCAUUACGAAUCCUGUGAAAUUUAUAGAGGUUUUCCUAGCAGCACACAUUUGACCUUUCGAUGACAGCCUGACCUUGGACUUAAAUUCGUAUUUGAACGUAAAAUUUUCAACUCUUUCGAUUGUCGGUAUCAAAAAUAGGGAUUUUUGUUCAAAAAAUAAAGUUGAGUUUGAAAUAACCUUGAAGGUGAAGGCCAAGGUCAAAUCCAAGGCAGCGUUCACUUCUUCGUUAAAAUUUACCGAAGACUUGACCUUGAUAGUUAUUCAUUAUAUUUACAAAGGUUAUCUUAGCAGCACACAUUUGAUCUUCGUUUGACCUUUAGUAGUCAUCCUGACCUUGAACUUUAAUUGAGUUUGAACCUAAAAUUUUCUGUUCUUCCGAUUGCCGGCAAAAACAGGGGUUUCUAUUUGAAAAAUAGAGUUGACCGUGUAUUAACCUUGAAGGUGAAAGUCAAAUUCAAGGUCACCGUUGAAUUCCUUGAAAGUUACCUAAAAUACAGAGCCGUACCGGGACUUUUGUGUCACUGUGUCCAAUGUUAAGAAUGGUAGUUUUGAAAAGAACAUGAUUCCAGAUGUUAUAUUACAUUUUCUUUAAACUGAAAGCAUCAGAUAUUUGUCAAGAUCCGACCCCGAAAAAGUCCAACUCCAUUGAGUAGUCGACUUGGGGAAGUAACAGUCUUCUCACGAAUAGCAAUUUUACAGAUAGUCAGUCAGAUAUCUCCGCGCCAAAUGAUCGUAUCGAGAUUUUAAAAACAUAUGAUGACCUAACAGAAAAACAAAUUUUUCAAGCCCGCAGAUUGAAAAGAAGACAAAAGUUUUGCCAAGAAUGCUUAGCCUAAGAAACCUGAAAACUGGAAUCUUAAGGCUUCAAAGUUCUUUUUUUAACGACCACGUUUCACCAAAAAACAGCAAAAAACGAAUUGCAUCGUGAGAUUACUGUACGGUUCGACGGAGCUCUGGCAUUAAAAAACCUGUAAUCCAAUGUGUGAGGCGACCCGUGCAGAAGGAUGAAUGGUACCGGGGGUUGCUAAAACUCGGUACCUCGAACGGAGCCUCCGGGACACCGGGCGACAUCCCGGAGUACUUAGCCUUGCGUCUGCGCAGGGGGCACCGCAGACGUUGACCAACCCUUUCCCCCGUACUCGUGGGAACUGAUAUGGAUAAACAAUUUUCAAACAAACAAACUGGGCAUUGGGGGGGAUCGAACACUAGCAACUACUCUACGGGGUGGCCACUAGCCACUGCAAACAUCGCUCAGGGGUAUGGUAGCACCUCUAAAAUGACACCAGAACAGUGGGCUGUGGCGAGCACGUGCUAUGCGGCGCAAAAACAGGCAGCCAUAGAGACUUACUCAAAAUAUGAUGACGCAUCAACACCUGGUCCGGAUGACAGGCAGAAGCAAAAUUCCUCCAAGUUGUCCGGCGCUUUCAAUACCAACAUGCAAAAUAUGUCCCAACGAAAACCUCCGGAAGGGUACGGUACUGGCAGGACAAGUUACGGAGGAACCAAAUUGAAUACAACAGCAUUCUCGGAACAGAGAAAGGGUUAUGGAGACUCGGGAAGGCAAUAUGGAGCUGGUAGUUCAAACAAGUUCCCAGAAAGUUCCGCAGUCGGUACGAAGAGCAUGUCGUACGGAAGUUCCAUGCCAGCAAGAGAACUGGAUAGGACGAAUGUACCUUACGGCACAUCUAAGUUUGCUUCUGAAGGUACUAUGUCUUAUGCUGAUCCUAUGCAGUCUUCUUCCAUGUCUUACGGAGGUACACAGGGUAGGCACCAAUUUUAUCAGACACCUGCAAAUACUGAAGGACUGGCAUCGAAAAGACAAGAAACAAUGUCUGCUGGAAGGUAUGGCAGACAGCAAGAUCGGUUUUCAGGUACUGAAGAAGAUACAGUGCCACGAUGGAAAAGACAAAGUACGGAAGACGAUAACCUACCUGCAUGGAAGAAGCGAGCUAUGGAAGAGGGACGAUUGGCACCAUCGAAUAGACAAAGAGUAGAAGAGGACAGCAAGGCAUUACCUGUGAGAGGUAUGGGAAAAGAAACGCCGUCAUCAUGGAAGAAGAAUGUUACAGAAGAAGAAAACUUACCUGCAUGGAAAAGACGAGCUAUGGAAGAGGGACGAUUGGCACCACUGAAUAGACAAAGAGUAGAAGAUGAAAGCAUGCCAUUACCUGUAAGAGAUAUGGAAAAAGCAACGCCGUCAUCAUGGAAGAAGAAUGUUACAGAAGAAGAAAACUUACCUGCAUGGAAAAGACGAGCAUUGCAAGAGGGGAGGAUGCAACCACCGAAGAGAGUAGCCAUGGAGGAGGAUGAAACUCCAUCGUGGAAGAAAAGACGUACAGAAGAUGACAGAAUACUGCCAUCGCAGAUGCGAGGUAUGCAAGUAGGGUUGUCUCCUCGGGAAAAACGAGCUAUGGAAAAGGAAAGGUUGCCAUCAUCGCAGUUACGAAGAACGGAGGAAGAAACCGUACCACAAUGGAAGAAAAAACAACUCGUGGAUGAAGAUCCGUUGUCAUCAUGGAAAAGACGCGGUAUAGAAGAAGGCAGGAUACUACCAGCGAAGCAAAGAGGUAUGGAAGAUGCACAAAGAAACGCGUCACAUCUGAGCGGACAGCAUGGCAAAGGCAUAGACCAAAGCGCAAAACGCGAACAAACUCAAGGGCUAUCCAAGACACAGCAGAGAAAAAUGCAAAAACUCGAAAAGGCUCGUAAAAAACGAGAAAAACGAGCUCGCGCGCGAAAGCAAGCGAUCGAAGGUGGAGGCAAGACAAAUAAAGAGGAAUCAGAUUUCGAUUCGGAAGAAGAGGAAACUCCGAAACCGGUGAUACCUGAAGGCAUUGCGAUGAUGGUUUGCGACAAGCGUUAUCCAGCGGUCGGCUUGAAGGAAAGUCAAACGAAAAUCAUCAUGGCCUGCCUGUUGAAAGCAAUGGAGAACUUGGGUCCCGAUGAGUCGCCGCAGUUCAACGAGCACAGGUUUAUGAUGUGCGGUAUGCUCUCGAUCAUAUGCGCGAACAAGAGCACCUGUACCUGGUUGACGAAUACGAUCGAAGCGCUGCGAGAACCGUGGCAGGGCGCCGACCUCACAGUCAGACGUUUCCAGGCUCCCAUGACCAUCUAUAUUCCAGGCGCUGAAGGGUCUACAUCAGAAGUUGAAACAUCAUUGCAGGACGUGAAUCCCUAUUUCAAAGUACAAAGCUGGCAGUUUGUGAAUAAGCAAGCUGGACAACUCAACGUAGAAUAUACAUACCUGAUAGAUUGCGACACUUUCGAAGCCUUGAAGGUUAUUCAGUUCAGGCCUUACUACAAAAAUACGAGGGUGCUCGCGAAAAUGGUACACCGUGUUUUGAGAGAGACGACUGAAGAACCUUCGGAAAAAGAGACGGAUAGUGGGAACGUCAGCCAAAAUAAAAGUCGAGAGCGAGCUGAACUGGACAUUCUUCUUGAGAAGGCUAGACGGCAGAAUGAGAUACAGAACAAAAUAAACGACAGUAAAGGCCUUUCAGGGGAAGCUGAAAUUCUGUAGAGACGGCGUCUAGUUAUUGAGAAGAGAAAUUAAAUGAUUUAUGCUACUG